ACUUAUUUUGGGGGGUGUAUGCUCUGGGCAUUUGCUUUGCCCAGUAGUUGAAAAGUCAACUCGACUCGUGAUGGUUCUCCUGUCACUUUGGUUGAUAGCAGCCGCUCUGGUACAGGUUAGGACUUCAGCUGAUGGACAAGCUGGUAAUGAAGAAAUGGUGCAAAUAGAUUCACCAAUAAAGAGACACAAAGAGUAUGAGCUGGUGACUCCAGUCAGCACAAAUCUAGAAGGACACUAUCUCUCUCAUAUUCUUUCUGCAAAUCACAAAAAGAGGUCAACAAGGGACGUGUCUCCCAACUCUGAGCAAUUGUUCUUUAAUAUCACGGCAUUUGGAAGAGAUUUUCAUCUGCGACUAAAACCCAACACUCAGCUCAUAGCUCCUGGGGCUGUUGUGGAAUGGCAAGAAACAUCUCCGGUGCCUGGGAAUAUAACCGACCCUGUUAAUGAUCGUCAACCAGGAAGUGCUUCCGAAAGAAUCUGGAAAACGGAGCCUUUGCAGACCAACUGUGCUUACGUUGGUGACAUCAUGGACAUUCCGGGAACCUCUGUUGCCAUUAGCAACUGUGAUGGUCUGGUAAGACUCAUUCCCUCUUGUGUGUGUAUGUUUGUAGGUGUUUGGGAGUGUACCAUGGCUCCAGCAUGGUUUGGAAGGUAG